AUGAGCGUACUGACAGUUGUUGGGUCUAAUAUCCCAGAUCCAACACUCCCCUACGACUAUUCACGUACUCACGCCCCCAAUCCUGCCACAUUACCAAUCCGACCCGCCCAAUCCACGCCUCCAGGCGCUUACACCCGCAGCGAACGCAGGGCUGACAAUCCGACGACAAAUUCUCAAUCAACACCUUCACCCCGGCUGGGCAGCCACCAGCACUCUCGGACCAUCUCUUCCAGCUCAAGCGCCGCCGUUCCCUACCGACUUCCUUCCUCUUUUCCCACGCAACCCCCUUCCGCUCACGCUCGAGUCACUUCAUCCUCACAUUCCCGCCAAUCUUCCGCCUCUUACACCAUGAACAUGCAGCGACAAGGCACCACGGCGUCGGCCAACAGCCUCCCACGACGCUCUACAUCUGGUCGAUCAACCUUGACCAACAGCCCCACCUCAUAUGUCGCACUGAUGCGGAAACAAAAGGCCACAGUAUGGUGCGAUCGAGCGCAAAGUACGGAUCCGCGGUUAGCAGCUGCACAAAAGGCAGCCAAACAGAGAGCCGCGCUUGAGGUGCAAAGUGUCAACAAUUCCGGGCGGACAAGCACUCUAAGUUCAGGCGGGGUUGUCGGCAAAAUCAGGCACGGCGGCGUGCCAAAAGCGCCAGGGUAUGUCCCGGCUAAUUUGAAUGGGACGUCGGUACCUCUUCGACUUAGUGCGAACGAAAUGCUGGGUGACGACGAAGAAGCUCAGAGUUUGGGUGACAACAGUAUGAGACACGCCCGGACAGGGAGUGGCCGAAGCAGUACAAACAGCGCCAAAUACCGCAGCGGAUAUCCCAGACCAGAUCCAGCCCGGUUCAGCAGUACGAGCACACCUCCGAGUGGCGAAGGCUCACCCAGUCGAGGUAUUCCAGAACAUUCAGAAACGCCCGCCAGCCAGCAAGAAGACCGAGAUGACGAAGAUUCCUUUGGCGAACUGAAGGACCUUUCUGGACCCAGUUCUGUUCAGAGAGCCAUGGAGCAGGCUAAAGUGGCCGAAGACCUGCGGCGGCGAGGCAGCGUGGACGAACGGACCAUGAGCAUGGGAGCAGGCGUUCGAUUAUUCGUGGCAAACCCUGAUAUUGAGGAUUAA